AUGGUUAUGCAUCACCCUGCCAUGAACAGGCUUCACAGCAUGAGUAAAGUCCCAGCUCGAGUUGACGGAAGAUUUAGGCUGGGUAACAUUCUGGGAUCUGGGUCAUAUGCUGUUGUAUACCGCGCACAGAACUUCCUCAAUGAUGAUGUAGUUGCCAUCAAACUUGAGCCCCUCACCUCUUGCCCAUCUUCUGUGGAGCGCGAAUACAAAAUUCUGAAACGACUUGGAAAUGGAGUUGGGAUCCCCCGUGUCAUUUGGUUCGGUAGGGAGUCGACAUAUCACGCUUUGGCUCUCGAACUCCUUGGCCCAUCAUUGCAUGAUAUCUUCAAGGCACGCAACCGAAAAUUCAGCCUUCACACUGUUGUGAAUAUAGGAGACCAGCUGCUUUCACGCCUCGAGUACAUUCACGGUGAUAUCAAACCCCAGAACAUUUUAGUGGGUCUUGGCGAGUCAACGCAAACUCUCUUUGUUGUCGAUUUUGGUAUCGCAAAGAUGUACUGGAAUGCUGCAACCGAAACACAUAUACCAUUUCGCCGGGGCCAACCUCUCACAGGCACUCCUGCCUUCGCUUCAAUCAACAACCACUUGGGCUUGGAGCCUGGUCGUCGUGAUGACCUCGAGUCGUUUUCAUAUACAUCACCUUAUGUUCCUUAA